AUGACAAUAUCAGCUUCAAAUUUGGCAAAAGAAUUGGAAAUUCCUGCGGACAGGACUGCAUUAAAUGUGGUCACGCCACACAAAAAUCCUAGCUUUAUAGAUGAUCAAGGUCGAUACAGCGUUAAUGAAAAUGACAACAGUUUCAGCUAUCCGAGCAGCCAACCUUCGUCAUCUAGAACAAGAAGCGUCGAACAUGAGUUAUCAAAUCUAGGUAGUGAUAAAGCAUGUCCAGAACGCGAUACUUGGGGUAAAGGCAUUGAAUGCCUUUUAUCAUGCGUAGCACUCUCAGUGGGUUUGGGAAAUGCUUGGCGAUUUCCUUUUACUGCUUUAGAUAACGGAGGUGGGGCUUUUCUUAUACCCUAUUUGGUAGUGUUGUUCGUAGUCGGCAGACCUAUUUAUUAUUUAGAAAUGAUUAUUGGUCAGUUUUCCGGUCGCGGCUCAGUAAAAGUUUAUGAUCUUUGUCCAGCUAUGAGAGGUAUUGGCGUGGGUCAAACAUUUAUGAUAUUCUUAGUAGGGACCUAUUAUGAAGCAAUCUGUUCUCUUAUACUCAACUAUUUCGUGCAAUCAUUUCGUAGCCCGUUGCCAUGGGCUUAUUGUAAGGCGGAAUGGAAUUCAAAUUGCAUAGAUUCAGCGAUUGUCAAAAAAUCGAAGACAAAUCUAACCGAAUUAUGGCAACAGAAGAGAUUAAGUGAUGAUAAUCGCACUAUCUCAAGUUCUGAAUUAUAUUUUAUCAAAGAAGUAUUAAGGGAGAAAGAAAACAUAGAUGACGGCAUUGGUGCACCAAAUUGGCAGCUAGUAGUGGGUUUAUUCAUAUCUUGGUUCUGUGUCUUCGUGGUGAUAAUACGCGGUGUCAAGAGUUCUGGAAAGGCUUCGUAUUUCUUGGCCAUAUUUCCUUAUGUUAUUAUGAUUGUGUUAUUGAUUCGCGCUUUAACUUUACCUGGUUCAUUGGAUGGCAUUCUGUACUUCAUAAAACCGCAAUGGAAUAAAAUAUUGGAUCCCGAGGUUUGGUAUGCUGCCGUUAGUCAAUGUUUCUUUUCUUUAACGGUAUGUUUCGGUGCCAUUAUCGUCUACGCUUCAUAUAAUAAAUUUGAUCACAAUGUUUAUCGUGAUGCCACCAUUAUUACGGGAUUAGACACUUUCACUUCCUUACUAGCUGGCUGUACUAUAUUUGGAAUCAUUGGUCAUCUGGCUCAUGAAGUCGGUACCGAUGAUAUUGGUAGUGUGGUUAAGGGAGGUGCGGGAUUGGCCUUUAUCUCUUAUCCUGAAGCUAUAGCCAAAUUUCAAAGUUUACCACAAAUUUUUUCGGUUCUAUUCUUUCUCAUGUUAUUUAUUUUGGGAGUUGGCUCGAACAUAGGGAUAGUCUCGUGCAAGGUUGCAGCGAUAAAGGACAAUUUUCCCAAUGUCAAACAAUGGCAAUGCGCUCUGGGCAUAGCACUGCUCAGUUUUUGUAUAGGAUUAACCUACGUCACCCCGGGUGGUCAGUUUUUAUUGACUUUGGUGGAUUAUUAUGGUGUUGCCAUGAUGAGCCUAUUUUUGGGAAUAUGUGAAUUGUACGUUUUGGGCUGGGUGUACGGAGUGAAUCGACUAUGCAAAGAUGUAGAAUUCAUGAUAGGCCGUAGAGUGGGUCUCUACUGGCGUGUGUGUUGGUCAGUUAUUACACCACUCAUAAUGACCGUAAUCUUAAUUUACUUUCUGUCAACUUACACACCCUUAACUUAUAAUAAUAAAACCUAUUCUAACGGAAUGUAUGCCUUUGGUUGGAUUAUAACAUCGGUAGGCGUCUUACAAAUACCCAUAUGGUUAAUUGUCGCUGUUGUACGCGAUCCUGGUACAACGUGGCGGGACAAAUUUUUUAAUGCUUUUAAACCUAAAAAUGACUGGGGUCCUAGAGAUCCCUUGCGAAGACAGGAGUAUAACAAAGAAGUAAAUGAAGACGCUAAACUAAAUGAGGGGCUAGACUGCUGGGGCGAAAUUAAAAAAAAUAUAUUUGGUUAG